CGGAGUCAGAUCCCGGGCCCACCUCCCCGAGCUCCUGAGAGCCGCCGAGUGCUCCGCACCCCGACUGUGCUGAGGGCUUCAGAGGCGCCGCCCGAGAGACCCUGGGCCGGCGCGCAGCUGCCUCUCCGCGUUUGCCUGUCCGUCUUUGUGUCUGUCUCUGUGUCUGUCUGGCUGUCUCCGGGCUUGCCUCCACUUCCAGAACUAAGCCGCCCCGACACGGACAUCCUGAAAACUCCAGCCCCUUUCUCAUGGCAGGUUACUUGUCCCCCAAAGGCUACGCCCCUUCGCCCCCACCUCCCUACCCUGUGACCACUGGGUACCCGGAGCCGGCGCUGCAUCCUGGGCCCGGGCAGGCACCAGUGCCUGCCCAGAUACCUGCCCCUGCACCUGGCUUCGCUCUCUUCCCCUCGCCCGGCCCCGUGGCCCCGGUGUCUGCUGCCCCCUUCUUGCCACUGCCAGGGGUGCCUUCUGGCCUGGAAUUCCUGGUGCAGAUUGAUCAGAUCUUGAUUCACCAGAAGGCUGAGCGAAUGGAAACGUUCCUCGGCUGGGAGAACUGUAACCGGUACGAACUGCGCUCCGGGGCCGGGCAACCCCUAGGUCAGGCGGCCGAGGAGAGCAACUGCUGCGCCCGUCUGUGCUGUGGUGCCCGCCGGCCGCUGCGUGUCCGCCUGGCGGACCCCGGGGACCGGGAGGUGCUGCGUUUGCUCCGCCCACUCCACUGUGGCUGCAGCUGCUGCCCUUGUGGCCUCCAGGAGAUGGAAGUACAGGCUCCACCAGGCACCACCAUUGGCCAUGUACUGCAGACCUGGCAUCCUUUCCUCCCCAAGUUCUCCAUCCAGGAUGCUGAUCGCCAGACGGUCCUGCGAGUGGUGGGACCCUGCUGGACCUGUGGCUGUGGCACAGACACCAACUUUGAGGUGAAGACAAAGGAUGAAUCCCGCAGUGUGGGCCGCAUCAGCAAGCAGUGGGGGGGGCUGCUCCGAGAAGCCCUCACGGAUGCAGAUGACUUUGGCCUGCAGUUCCCGCUGGACCUGGAUGUGAGGGUGAAGGCUGUGCUGCUGGGAGCCACGUUCCUCAUUGACUACAUGUUCUUCGAGAAGCGAGGAGGCACUGGGCCCUCUGCCAUCGCCAGUUAGAGGCCACCUCGGUGUGAGGAGACCAUCACCUCAACCAGAACUCAAGAUGGUCACUUGCCCUGGCCUGGCCCCUCCUCAGAGGCAGCCCCUUUCCUCCAUGUACACUGCAGGGGACAGACGAGGGGCCCAUCCCUACCCUACUUCCUGGCCUCCUCCCCUGUGGUACCCACAGAAGAAUAUGUAUGACAGCCUGUCCCCUGCUACCUUCCACCACUGUCUCCUAGCAGUCCCCCAGCACACAGGCAUAUCGGCUUUCAAACUUCCCCUACCCACUCUCUCUUGCCCCCUUCUGGGGGUCUCUGCUCCAAAGGAGGCUCUGGAACCCAGGACUUGGGUUUUACGGUUUUGCAACAGGGCUGGGUGGGGAAGGGCAAGCGGCACCAAAGGUGGCAGACAUAGCCACCUGCAUCAGCUUGGCCAAUUAGCUCAGCCUCAGACUAUGGCACUUUGAGGGGGUCCCUACCUCCCUACCAACAGCUGCAGGGGCGGGGCUCCAGUGCCAAUUUCCUCUUCCCCUUGGGCCCUGCCCACAGCUGGUGCUUGCUGCAGCUUCCUGUGCCUUAUUUAACCACCCCUUCCUUCCCUUGCCCUAGGAAGGAGGCUGCAUCUUUGUAUGUUAUAUUCAUAUAAACUUUGUAACUUUUUGGACAUUG